ACGGAGUCGGUCAAUGUGGAACGGGACUGAUCGUCCACGUGACUUGUCUAUGGCGUAAUGGGCCGCCGGAUGGACUUAGGCUCUCUCAUGCACCCACCUGAUUGAUGAUCCCGGGCACCGACCCUGUGGAGAUAGUUCUCUUGUCGAUUCUUCAUAUUUGCGUCUAUCAGAAGUUUUCACCUCUCAUACUAGUGCUGAUCGAUCUGGAGUUCCCUUAUGGCUAUUUCCAACCCGCCUGACAAAGAGCGGUAACUUGGUCUCCGCUUUCAGACGUCCCGCUUGCCACCAUGGACCUUGUUCAGAAGGAGCACGAGAGGCUGUCCAAGAGACUGAAGGCCAACCAAGGGAUCAAGAAUGUUCAAUCUACGAUAGAUCUUCUUCAGUCUGCGCGGGAUGCCAUUGCAGCUGAUCCGAGCCAGGCGUCUAUCACCCUGGCCAAGCUGCAGAACCCCGUCAAAUCCUCGUUUGAUACAAUCAACGAUAGUCUCAAAGAGACCCAUAGCGGUCUAAACAAAUACUCGAAAUCGCUAGAUAAGCUUUUCAAAGACAGGCCCCUCCCAAGCACCGAACAUGACGUCCUAUCAUCCCACGAGAAUCUCAUCAACCGAGCCAUCGCCAUGCACCUUCUACGGGAAGGUCAAUUUUCCGUCGCCUCCACGUUCCUCAACGAAAUGACAGAGAAAAAAACGGGGUUACCAGAGCCGAGGCCCGAAUCGAGUUCACCUGAGAAUGCAGCGACGCUCCUCAAUCCCGAAGAAGUUCCCUCGAACGAGGUCCGAAAACAGUUCGCCACCAUGUACUACAUCCUGCACGAGCUGCAGGAAAACAGCAAUUUGCUCCCCGCAAUCCAGUGGUCAAGGGACAAUAAAGAGAUUCUACAAGCCCGAGGCAGUAAUCUAGAAUUCGAACUGUGCCGGCUGCAGUUCGUUUGGCUGUUCCAUGGCGGGCAGAUCCCACAGACCCCCGUUGCAUCUGGGCGACAGGCAGCUCUGGAAUACGCCCGGCGCGAGUUCCACGUCUUCUUGCCCCGCUAUCUGCGAGAGGUCCAGCAGCUCAUGGGUGCAAUGGCGUUCUGUCCAAACCUCCAAGACUCGCCUUAUCAAAACAUCUUCAACAACCCGUCAGCGUGGGCUGAUGUGGCUCAAUCUUUCACGCGGGAGUUCUGCUCGUUGCUUGGACUUUCGGCAGACUCUCCCUUAUACAUCGCCGCGACUGCUGGUGCAAUCGCCCUUCCUACAUUACUGAAGCUACAAACGAUCAUGAAGGCGAAGCGGACAGAGUGGACAUCGCAGAAUGAGCUACCGGUCGAAAUCCCUCUUCCACCCUCGUACUUAUUCCACUCCAUCUUCGUCUGUCCCGUGUCCAAAGAACAAACCACAGACGAAAACCCUCCGAUGAUGAUGCCCUGUGGGCAUGUGAUCGCAGAGGAGUCCCUCAAACGUCUGUGCAAGGGGAGUCGAUUUAAGUGCCCUUACUGCCCUAGCGAAAGCCAUCCCCGAGAAGCGAGGAAGGUAUUCCUCUGAACAUCACAGCGGGCGGCAAGGAGGGGAGUGGCAAUUAUUCGUCGCUGUUGUGACCAGGAUUCCAACGCAUAUUGAGCAUUUGAUGGG